AUGACCAAAUCUCCUUCUCCAAACUCAGAGCUCACCUUGCUACUCCGUCCCCACGUCGUCAAGCGAGAGUCCUCCGCCCUCGAACAGAACUCUUCGAUCCCCGUCGCAACUCCGUCGUCAGCCACUCGACAAACCGCCGCCCUUCUUCUGCGUUUGAGGGACCGCGUAGUUGACUCUGCUGACGAUGAUGAAUAUCUGGAGCCGGAAGAGGACGUCCCAAUGGAGGACGAACUGGAGCAGGACGAAUUGAGUGCAGAAGAUGAACAGGAAAACCCGGUAGAACCGGAAUCAAACGAGUUUCCCGGGAUCGAAGACCUGGAUUCGAGGCUAGCACAGUCUCGAAUUGUGACCAAUCCUGUUCCUCCCGCUACUCCCGCGCGGCAAUCCAGCGACGAGCUGCAAGAAGUGGGGUAUCUCACUCCGUAUGUCGCCUCCGCCAAGAGCAAGAAAGUCGCUGUUGGCGAUCGUGUGGAGAUUUCGCCCUCUUCGGUGACGGUCAGCAAUGGGACUGUAACCGUGUCUCACGGUUCGACCGUCACUCGCUUCCAUGACGUACGGGUUCGAGCGUCUCCUCACCUGUCCAGGGGUCAAUUGGUGUGUAAUCUGUAA